AUGAGCGCCGCCGCUCUCUACAGCCUGGACUCCCCGGCAUGCUAUAAGAGCUGGUGCCUGGAGCCCGCCAACUUCUACGACGCCAAGGUGGGCAGCGGCGGCGGGCCGGGUGCCGCCUGCAAGCCGGGGGCCCGCGGCGGCUGCGGGAUGAGCGGCGAGGAGGCGGGGGGCGGCCUGGGGGGCAGCGGCACCAACCUGGCCGAGCUGAGCGCCGCCGCCCCGGCCAUGUACGAGGACGAGAGCGCCAUCGACUUCAGCUCCUACAUUGACUCCAUGUCGGCCGUGCCCAACCUGGAGCUGUGCAACGACGAGCUCUUCGCCGACCUCUUCAACAGCAACCACAAGCCCGAGCGGGGCGGGGACUACGGCGAGUACCUGCCGCCGGGCGGCGGCGCCGGCCGCGACCCCGCCAAGGACCUCGGCGCUGCCAUGACCACCCUGCUGGGCGCCGAGCCCCGCACCGCCUCCUCCUCCUCCUCCUCCUCCUCUUCCUCCUCCUCCUCCUCCUCCCGCGGCGCCCUGAAGCAGGAGCCGGACUGGAGCGACAGCGACCUCUCCUCCUCGCUGCUGCCCUCGCAGAUCGCCACCUGCGCCCAGACCAUCAUGAACCUGAGCGGGCAGCCCACGCCGCCCACCUCCCCCGAGCCGCCGGGCAGCAGCUCCCCCUCCAGCUGCAGCACCCGCUCGCCGGGCCCCGCCGCCGCCGCCGGGGCCGGGGCCGCCGUGUCCGGGCCGGCGCAGGGCGUCCCGCCGCCGCCGGCCGCCGGCGGGAAGGAGCGCGGCGGCAAGAAGUGCGUGGACAGGUUUAGCCCCGAGUACCGGCAGCGCCGGGAGCGCAACAACAUCGCCGUGCGCAAGAGCCGCGACAAGGCGAAGCGGCGCAACCAGGAGAUGCAGCAGAAGCUGCUGGAGCUCUCGGCCGAGAACGAGAAGCUGCACAAGAAGAUCGAGCAGCUCACCCGGGACUUGACCAGCCUCCGGCACUUCUUCAAGCAGCUGCCCAGCGCCUCCUUCCUGCAGCCCGGCUCGGGCACCGACUGCCGGUAACCGCGGGGGAGCGGGACGGAGAGCGACGGACUCCGGGAGACCGUGGAUAAAUACCUCAGAGGGCCGGGCC